AUGCCCUUUUCCACCUCCUCCUCCUCCUCCUCCUCUGCCUCCACCGAGGCCUCUGCCACUCCGCUUGCUGAUUAUUUCUGGAUCGCUGGUGUCGACGGCUCGGAGAUCUUGGAUACCUUUCGCAGACUGGGGGAUGAAUACCGUUCUAACAGUGCUACCGCUCCUGGCCCCGCUGUCUCAGACACCAUUGAGGAAGAUGCUGCCGCUGAAGAAGCUCACGAUCCUCGCCUGGAUGGACUAUUAUCACGCCCUACGUCUGUUAUGACCACUCGCAAUUCCCACCAACGGCUGUCGAUCCGCUCGGGAGACUCCGAUUCCAAUUCCAAUCCCAAUUCCAAUCCCAAUAACGGCUCCAACAGCAACAGGAGUAGUAUGACAAUCAAGGGCGGCGGCAACACCAACAACCAAUCCCCGCGUGGCUCCUCCUUCAUGGAGGAUUUCGAUUUCGACAAGGCAUUGCUGAAGUUUGCGUCGGAGCGAGAGUCGUUCCUGUCGGAUCUGAGUCUCAGUGCGGGGGCGAUCACGCCGGCAUCGCGUCCGAGAUCUAGAGUACGUACGCAGAAGAUUGUUGCUGAUGAGCCUCCUCAGCCAGGCUUGCUCCGAUCUGGUAUCGGUAGUGUGCGACGGCAUAUGGCGUUUAGAGAUAUGAACAGCAUGAAACGCCAGCCGUCAGUUGCUCGUCAAGCAUCGAUCCGAACUUCGCGACGUCUCAGUAACUACAAUUCCGUGAUUCCAGUCCCGCAACCGUUGGAGAUCUCGCCUACUAUGCACCCCUUGAAGCGGAGGUUUGAACCCGUUCUCCUCGACCGCUAUCCGACCAAGGGCAUGCCCGACGAAUUGAAACAGCGUGCCAAUUUUCCAGACUACGUACCGAUGUUUGCCUUCCCCAACGAUAUCAACAUCGUGUCGUCAGAUCAGCGGCCCCGGUCCACGUGGCACGGGUUUGUCAUGACGAGCGACAACGGGUCCCGCCUGCACGCUAUCUGUGUCACUGUCUGGAUCCCGUUGAACCACCAGGCCGCUGAGCAAUUGGAGCGGCGGUGUGAGGAAUGGCGCAAGGAUAACAUGACGGACGAGGAGCGGGAGCUGGCAGCGAGUUUGGGCGAGCGUUUGGCCCAGGAGCGGGCCAAGCUUUCGAGGCUUCUGGCGCAGCUCCCCACGGUGCCCUCCGGAUCCGAGUCGAGAGAACAAUUAGAAGACGAAAUCAGCGCUGUCGAAGAGAAGAUCGGCCUGAUGACGGACCUCCUGCGGCCGGUGCGCCACGCUGCCGCGUCCAAGAUCGAGGGGCUGACGGACGGUGAUACCGGGUUUUGGAUCCCGCGGGCCUACGGUAUUCUUGGAAAGGAGGAGAACAUGACCAGUUUCUGGAAGGAGUGGCUGAAAGCCGUCAUUGUGCCCAUGACCGACGGCAGCAUCCAGCGUAUCCCUCCCUGUUCCCCUCGGAUGGGGGCUUGGCAGCCGUUGGAACGCUAUGUAAUGAAUCUGUGCACCGAGGCGUUCAGCCCGAAUACCUCUAAAACACAGGUGGAGCUGGCCGUCCGUGAACUACGUCUUUUCGCCCGUAAGGAGGCCACCAAUGAGCUGCCAGGAUCUCGAAACACCGACCUCUAUGCCUUGUUCCGGACUCUGUCCCUCUCCAACAUUAUCAUCCUCUUCGAGUAUGCUCUAACGGAAUCGCGCAUCAUUUUCCUGUCGUCGCAUACCUCGAUGCUAUACCUGGCUACGAGGGCCCUGGUGGACCUUCUAUUCCCAAUCCCGUGGUCUGGCGUGCUUAUUCCCAUUCUACCUGCGCGGUUGAUCCAAGCCUUGGAAGCCCCGUGUCCUUACAUUGUCGGUAUUGAACGUCGAUACGAGAAGGUUGAGCUUCCUUCAGAUGACUUCGUUCUAGUGGAUCUGGACCAGGACCUAAUUGAAAGCACGGUUAAGCCAACCCCGCUGCCGCGUCAUCAGCGGAGGAAGCUUUUCUCUCUGCUCCAACUGGCUGCACCGCACCAUAGUCGAUGUGGAGUACCCACAGGUCCUCCGGCCUAUGCUAUUGAGACCUUCCCAUACGACGCUUUCAUGUCGGAGAAUUCAUCUAUUUUUCACCAGAAGGCCACGUCAACGCAGUUGGCCAAAUACGUUAGUCUCAACUCGAGUGCCUUUGGCCAGACCUCUGUUCUUCCAAAUUCGAACCCGCCUCUUAUUUUCAACGCGUUCCUGCAUGCCCGGAAUGAGCAGGCGGCGUCCAGGGGAUAUUCCUCGAAAGGCAUGGACCGCCCGGGAACUGGUUCGACUUUCAAGACUGGCUCCCCCCCAUCCCCCCGGGAAAGCUCUCCCAUAUCGGGUCAUUUCCCCCCCCCCUCAACGACGCACGCCUCGCGGAAUGACUCCGGUAUGGCUCUUCAAGCAUCUCUUCGUGAGAAGCGAUCCGGUCACUUUGAUGCGGCAUCCCGACGAAGCUCAUCCUUCGGGAUGGAAAUGCGUCAAGGUGUCCCGAGACGCCCAAGCGCGCCUUUCCUGGGCCAUGCGCCAAAUCUCUCCGUGACCACUUUGAACACGGACUUCCACGCCGGUUCCACCUACGCCCCGUCUGUGUAUGCCCAAUCCACGGUAGCUGCCUCCACAAUUGUUCCUCAGGCUGUCAUCCAACCCAUCCACAGUACUGAAGGCAUCUGUUGGGUGGAGGGCCAUUGCCUACAGCUUCAGCCGUGGGACGACAAGGCGGUCUGCUCGAUCUGUGACGAACGGGCGGAUGAGAACAUGUACAAGUGUACGUCGUGUAAAACGCUGGUCCACAAUAGAUGCGCGCACCAGAUAUGUUUGGUAUGCCCGGCUGCCUUUCACCCUGAGCAAAUCCGGGCGGCAUUCGUCCGAUGCUUUGCCAGUUUGUUUUACACAUAUAAGAAGUUCCUCCAGCCGGCGACUGGGGAUAAGAAAAAAGCUGGUCUCACCUAUAGCUUCAACAUGGAUGCAUUCUUCAAGAGCCUACCCAGUGAACACGCAGAAUACAUUGGUGUUCUCCAACAAACUCAGGGUUUCAACGAAUUUAUCAGCGAUAGGGAACGGACGAAUCCUAAGGCCAAGGACCCGAGAAUGGCGCUCUUCGAUGAGAUUGUGCUAUCGAAACGGAACCGAGGCCGGUCGUCGCUUUUCUCCAGCCGGAGCAGCACAAACUUCCUGUCUGAUACCUCCCAACAUCUGUGGAGGACCGCGAGUGCCGCCUCCUUUGCCACGGGCAGGCCCCAGCAAACCCUUUCCGGGGACUACACCCGCGUUGUCACACGAGCACCAGCGAAGCUCGACGCCAGUCUGAUGAAGGAGCCCCGCAUGAUUCACGGAGCACCUCGGGUGUCGAAGACGGCCAACAAUGCGCGGCGGAAGCCCCUCCCUAAGCUCAUGAAUGGCCUUGCGAUCUCCCCCCCGUAA